AUGUGGGUACUACAAGGGUCAAUCACCCUACAUACGAACAACGAUAAGCCAAUCACCUCACAUCUUCAACAUUUGGUUGUACAGUGUUUCGUUAGCGUUGGUGGCAUGAAGAAACCGACGGUAGCGUUGGACUUGGACGGUGAACCUGUUUUUCUAAAAGGACGCGUUCUCCCACACGGUCAACGGAAAAGUGUCCUAAAAGCGUUACAGAAAAUGAAAAAAGACGGUGUGAUAAGCAAAGUUGAAUCCAGUGCCUGGGCGACCCCGAUUGUCGUAGCGUUGAGAAGUGAUGGUAGGACACCACGGAUCUAUGGAUACCAUCGGCUGACGUUGAAUCCCCGUUUGAGGAGAUGUGCAGCGACCACCAUGGAAUCAGAGGAUUUUAUGCAAACAUUGCAAGGUUAA